CGUUCCACUUCGUGGACAACUGAUGUACCACAACAAUCAUGGCGACGCUGUUUGUCUGCCUUCGGAUUCAGAAAACGGAGAGAGCCGAACCAUCUUCGUUCCUAGGAAAAUCUUGUAUGUAAACAAGAGUCUCAGCACAGUUUCCAAGAUGAUGCAGUGUUUCCACUUUAUAGUCGAGCCGGUCAAGAACAUCACAGCCAAGCUUAAGGAAUCUCGCAAGAGGGCGAAAAAUGAGAAGAGAGAGCCACUGGAAGAGAAUCAGCUGUUUAUAGUGGAGCUGGCUAGAGACCUCAAUCGAGUGUGCCAGAGGUCUGAGGUGCUGGGGAACAUCUGGAAACUAGAGGACAUCUGGCCCACUCCUCUUUGCAGGGCCUUCAUCCUGGAGUGGGCGUCUCUGCUGGAGAGCAAGGUAUGGKGAAGYCCCAUGCAGUCGGAUGGCUGGCCAGAGGAGAGCGAGUGGAGGGAGCAGGACCUGUUCAGUGAGAAUGAGAUGGAGAACGCUAAGAGGACCAUCAUCAACUGGACCAAGGACCUGAGAGCCCAACCUGAGCAAAGUGUGUGGCCUGGGGAGGCUGUGGCUCAAGUUCUGGAGGACCUCCAGGCUGCAUGGAGGAGUCGCKACAUGCCCAACCUCRUGACAGCCAUGGAACUGCUCAUGUGGGUCUUACUGACACAGGGCCUYGARAAGGAAGCCAUCCCUCAACAGUGGCUCAUAUGGAAGCAGAGGACUCAGAAGAUAGGUGCUGCCCGCUACAUUCCUCACUCAGUAUGGGACUGGAUCUCUAAUGCAGCAGUGGAGAUUUCCCUUGACCUGGACACGGCCAACCCUGACCUGCUGAUCUCCAACGACGAGAAGAAGAUGCGCUGCGGCUUCGAGAGAAAGYAUGUGCCAAACUACCACCAGCGCUUCGAUGGCUGGUGGUGCGCCACAGGGGUGGAGGGUUUCAACUCUGGCCGCCACUACUGGGAGGUGGAGGUGGGGGAGCGGGACUUUCGGCUGGGUGUGGCCAAGGAGUCAGCCCUGAGGAAGGGCUUCAAGUCCCUGAACACAGACACGGGCUACCUGACCCUGCGCCUYGAGAGGGGCACGGAGCUCAAGGCCCUGACUGUGCCCUUCACUGCCCUGCCGCCUGGUCUCAUCCCCCGCAAGGUGGCCGUCUACCUGGACUACGACCAGGGCCAGCUGUCCUUCUACGACGUAGACAGCCGCUCCCACAUCUACACCUACAAUGAGAGCUUCAACGAGAAGCUGUUCCCUCUGUUCGGCACGACGGAGUUCAUUAAGGACCUGGUGAUCAAGUCCCCUGGGAGCAAGGCCUAUUGCCUCUGUCCCACCCUGUGCCUGUGGGGCUGAACUUUCCCUCUUAACACCAUCCCUCCACCCUAUGGUUACCCUCUCAUCACUCCUAUAGAGUAAUCAGAACCUUCAUUACUGUAAAGAACUAGACCAUCAUGAUAUUGGAUAGCUAUGGGACCACUGAUGUUGCUGCUUCUAUGUGAUUCUUUCWGCCUCUUCCUUACUCGAGUUAUGCUAUGCACUCACAUGCUCUGUAUUUUCGUACAUUUGAAAGAAUACCGUAGUAUUAUUGUAAUCUAUUGUGAAAUAUUAAUCCUGCAAUAACAAUGRACUUUCRGUGAUGAAUAAAUAUACYAAYCUCAAAGGUU